AAAUUAUCAGUCUAACCAAUCUCCAGAUGCCCGCGAGCUCGGCUAGAGUUGCACGCAAGCAGGGCGAAGGAAGCUCUACCGGUCAGACCAGCCAAGGGCAGCAAAGGCCACCUCAAACCGGUCAGCGCCCUGGGCUAAUGGCUCGACUCGUCUCUCGCCUUGUAUCUCCUUCCAACCGUUCCGGAAGGGAACAUCAUCGCUGGCCACGAGCCAUCAAGCUCGUGAGUAUGGGUCGCGCUACCAUGCGGAACCUCGCCGCAGGCGAUGCACCAACAGCUCGAAGCCGAGCUGAGCGUCGUCAUCCGGUGCAGGAUGAUGGCGAUGAUGAUGAAUCUACGAGUCCCUCGCCAGCCCAGUCCGCCCGCGGCAACUCUCCUCGAGCAAGUGCUGGGGACGACGCAAGUAGAGCGUCAAGU